AUAGUAGGAUUAACCAAUGUACUAGCCAGCCACUGGCUAAACGCCUAGUUGUGAAGAGAGAACGAGGCUGAUCCAAGAUCCAUGGACGCUUCUGCGAUGCUGGUAGCUCUACUAACCAUCCUCGCCACCGCCGCCGCCGCCGCCGCCGCCGCCGCCGUGGCGUCGUCGUCGCUGCGCCGCCGCAAGAAUCAGCCUCCGGGCUCCCUGGGCCUCCCCGUCGUCGGCCACACCCUCGCCCUGCUCCGCGCCCUCCGCUCCAACGCCGCCGAGGACUGGCUCCGCCGCCGUGCCGCCGCCUACGGCCCCGUCUCCACGAUCUCCCUCUUCGGCCGCCCCACGGCGUUCCUCGCCGGCGCCUCCUGCAACAAGCUCCUCUUCUCCAGCGACAAGCUCGCCGCCAUGAGCAGCGCCUCCUUCCUCCGCAUGGUCGGCCGCCGCAACAUCCGCGAGGUGGCCGGCGACGACCACCGCCGCGUCAGGGCCAUGAUGGCCCGCUUCCUCAGGCUCGACGCCGUCAAGAACUACGUCUCGGCCAUGGACGACGAGGUCCGCCGCCACCUCCGCGCCGAGUGGGGCGGCCGCGCCGCCGUCGCGGUGAUGCCGUCGAUGAAGUCGCUGACGUUCGACGUCAUGUGCACCGUGCUGUUCGGGCUGGAGAGGCGGGGCGACCACGCCGCCGUGAGGCGUGAGCUCUCGUCGGAGUUCCAGCAGCUGGUCCGGGGGAUCUGGGCCGUCCCGGUGAACCUCCCCUUCACCACCUUCGGCAAGUGCCUCGCCGCGAGCCGGCGCGGGCGGCGCGCCGUGGCGUGGAUCGUGGAGGAGAGGCGGCGAGCGAUGCCGCGUGGCGGCGGCGGCGGCGGCAGCGCGGGCGACCUGGUGACGCACAUGCUGGCCGAGGGGAUGGACGAGGAGGAGAUCAUCGACAACGUCGUGUUCCUGAUGGUGGCGGCGCACGACACCACCGCCGUGCUCCUCACCUUCCUCCUCCGCCACCUCGACGGCAACCGGGCGGCCUACGAGCGGGUCGCGGCGGAGCAGGAGGCGAUCGCGGCGCAGCGGCGGCGCAGGGGAGGCUCCGGCUCCGCCCUGACGUGGGACGACCUCGCCGGGAUGAGGUACACGUGGGCGGCGGCCAUGGAGACGCUGCGGAUGGUGCCGCCGACGUUCGCGAACAUGAGGAAGGCGGUGGCCGACGUCGAGGUCGGCGGCUACGUGAUACCCAAGUGGUGGCAGGUGAUAACCGCGGCGACGAUGACGCACCUGGACCCGACCAUCUUCCCGGACCCCGGCAGGUUCGAGCCGGCGAGGUUCGAGGCGGCGGCGGCGAAGUCGGCGCCCCCGCCGUUCAGCUACGUGCCGUUCGGCGGCGGCGCGCGCGCGUGCCCCGGGAACGAGUUCGCGAGGGCGGAGACGCUGGUGGCCAUGCACUACAUCGUCACCGGGUUCAGGUGGAGGCUCGCCGCCGGCUGCGACGGCGGCUUCUCCAGGCACCCGCUGCCGUGUCCAAACCAGGGCCUCCUCCUCGACAUCGAGCCCAAAGAAUACAAUGAAUUGUGCUGAAUUGUAAUAAUUGUAUAAUGCAUUUUAAUCAAAGAUUGUGAUGAAAAUUACAUUGUAUACUUAUUAGAAAACCCAUUCUACUAUAAUCUAGGCGUCAUUUCGAUUCA